CACGGGGCCCUCCGCGCAGGGUCCCAGGGUGGAGCAGGGCCGGGCGGCCGUGGGCGGGGGCGGAGCGCCGACCUGCCCCUCGGGACUGCUUCCCUGGGAGCGCAGCCCGAGGGGGAUGUGGUGGAGAGGCUCAGAGCCCGCCGUCCCCGCGUGGGACUCGAGCCACACGUGAAAUUGAGAUGUGCGGCGAGUGCAUGGAGUAUAGUAUACGCAGAAUUUGGAAGAUCUAGCUCACAAAGAAAAGUGGAAGCUCAGCACGUGCUGGCCAGUGCGCCCACUGACAGGAACCUCUGCCACUUCCGGGCCCUGGGCUGCCAGACCACCCACUCCAACCGGGAGGUGCUGCAGGGCUGCUCCCUCAUCUUCUUUGCCACCAAGCCCCAUGUCCUGCCGGCCGUCCUGGCGGAAGUGGCCCCUGUGGUCACCGCAGAGCAUAUCUUGGUGUCUGUGGCUGCCGGAGUCUCUCUAAGCACCCUGGAGGAGCUGCUGCCCCCAACUGCGCGAGUGCUGCGGGUCUCGCCCAACCUGCCCUGCGUGGUCCAGGAGGGGGCCUUGGUGAUGGCGCGGGGCCGCCAUGCCGGCAGCAGCGAGGUUGAGCUCCUGAGGACCCUGCUAGAGGCCUGCGGGCAGUGUGAGGAGGUGCCCGAAGCCCAUGUGGACGUCCACACCGGCCUCAGUGGCAGUGGUGUGGCCUUUGUGUGCACCUUUUCAGAGGCCCUGGCUGAAGGCGCCAUCAAGAUGGGCAUGCCCAGCGGCCUGGCCCACCGCAUUACUGCCCAGACCUUGCUGGGGACAGCCAAGAUGCUUCUGCAGGAGGGGCAGCACCCGGCCCAGCUGCGGACGGACGUGUGCACGCCAGGCGGCACCACCAUCUAUGGGCUGCACGCGCUGGAGCAGGGUGGGCUGCGUGCGGCCGCCAUGAGCGCUGUGGAGGCUGCCACCUGCCGGGCCAAGGAGAUCAGCCGGAAAUAGGGCACAUGGGCACAGGACUUGGCCACAGCCCUGAGUGCCGCCCCUCCCUUCCUCUCUCCCUGGCCCCUUCCGAAGACUCUGCAGGCCAGCGGAGGAGCUGCUUGAGGUCUGAGGGUGGCUGGAGGAUGGGGCCUGGCCAGCCGUGAACA